AUGUCCGGACACUGCGACCGCCGGUGCCUCGCCGGGCCGCUAGGCAUCUUAUCGGGCCACCGCAUCGGCCCAACCGCGCCCAUUAGGCGGCCGGCCGACUUUCCCCUAACAGCCAUCUGCGACAGUUGUCAGCAGACUUCGGAAUGCGUUAGGAGCGGCCUCUGGCUGGGGUCUCGCGCCCAAUUUCGAUUUACGAGCGCCGUGCUAAUUCCAAAAGACCGCACCGUCGAU